CAAACGUACAGACAACCGGAUAGAAGCAGGCAUCGAUGGAACGAAGAAGAAGGGGUACGGACGACAAUUCGAGUGUAGUUUUCGGCGAACAGUGCGCGUUUGUGCCACCCUUUCGAGAAUCUCGCGACUUACAGUAUAGACCCGUACGCUUGUGGCUAUAUUUAUCUCGGUAUCUUUAUUCAGGAGAUGUCGAAUUAUUCUUACUACUACGUGAAAAUAAUCGCCGACGAUACUAAUAACUCGAAAACGUAUAAAUUUCUAAAAGGGAAUCCUACCCUGUUUAAGCCGCCAGAAGACACAUGGUCCACAUAUGGUCGCUACAAUCUUCUGUCACGCUUACUCCGAGGAGGACUAUCCGGUUCAGGUGACAUCCAUCAUCCAGCGAACGCUGUUUUCAAGAAUCCUGGAUAAACGUCCGUCAGAUC